AUGUCCAGCCAGGAGUACUACCAGGGCCAGCAGGGCGGCUAUCCCGCCCAUCCUCAGGCCGGUCAAUACGGUCCUCCCCAGGGACAGUACUAUGCUCCUCCUCAGGGCCAGCCUCCCAUGCAGUACCAGCAGGCUCCUCCACAGCAGGAAUCUCGUGGGCGACGUGGUGGCAGCAAUAACUGCUUAGUGGCCUGUCUCGCAGCUCUUUGCUGCUGCUGUGCCGUCGAAGAAGGUUGCGAAUGCUGGUAA